AUGGCCGACGCCAAUAGAACCGCCCGCCCGUCCAAGGCCGCAACCGCCUCUUCCACUCCCAAGACGGCAACCACCUCUGCUACGUCUAAGACGGCGACCACAUCUGCUACGUCUAAAACGGCAACCACAUCUGCUACGUCUAAGACGGCGACCAACUCUUCCACGCCCAAGGCGACAACUAACUCUUCCACGCCCAAAGUGACAACCAACUCUUCGACAUCGAAGGCGACAACCAACUCUUCCACGGCCAAGACGACUACCGCCCCUUCCACCUUCGGCUCAUCCGCUACUUCUAAGUCUCAGUCUCAGUCCCAGUCCCAGCAGUCCCAGCAGUCCCAGCAGUCCCAGCGGUCCCAGCAGUCCCAGCAGUCCCAGCCCCAAGCCCAAUCCCAACAACCGGAACUAUCCCCAGAGGAAAUGCAGAAAUUCAACCAACAACAGUCCGUGAAAGACGCGUGGAUGCAAGAGAACUGGCUGCGCUGGUCUGCCGUCGCCCACGUCGACCGCACCUACGUGGUAGUCCUCGACAAGUCCCCGGCCCCGGUGGCCGCCGAAGUGAAGCGGUUCUUCGACAGCCCGGACCACAAGCCCAACAAGACGGCUUCGGUGCCGCGCGUGGCUGGGCUGGACGAGGAUAUCGACGACAGCAAGGACUUGGGCAAUGUGAUGGUUGGGCUGGUCCCUGCGCCGGUGUAUACGGCGGCGAAGGACAAGUUUGUGAUGCGUAGCAUUACGGUUAAGAUCAGCAGUGGUGGUGGCGUUGGGGCCGACGGGACUGGGGAGAGGACGGCGUAUGUGCCCGUGGGUAUCAAGCAGGCUCAGGCGAGCCAGGGGGCUCCUGCUGCUGCCACUCCUGCGACAGGUGGGAAGCAGCCCAGUGGAAAUGCGGGUAAUGGGAAGGACAGGGCUUAG